UCUUCUACAAUGGCUAUGGAAUACAACUAUGACGAGGAUGGCGAAGUGUGGCCCUUUUUUGUGUUGGCCGUACUUUCGUUCAUCCUUGUGCCUCUCACAUGCAGCUAUGUCUACAAGGCAUUGUAUGCUGGAGAUUCCAUUCUGAUCAACAACGAGAUCAAGGGCUCCAUAAAAGAAACGGCAAAAUCCGUCGAAGUUGGAAAUUCCGACCAAAUCGACAGCUAUCAAAAGCUGCGGAAAUCAGACCGUCUCUUUAACAAGACGUUGGUCGUACUUGUCGUUGGCUGGGCCAUAGUAAUCUACAUUUCCUUGUAUUUAACACAGGAAGCUGAUUUAACUGGAGUUUUUGACCCUUACGCCAUCUUAGAUAUCCUGCUGUCGGCAUCUGAAAGAGAGGUAAAAUCUCGUUACAGAAAGUUGUCAUUGAAGUUCCACCCCGAUAAGUUGCCCAAGGAUCUUACUGAAGCUGCAAAGGAGGAAAUGGAAGCCAGCUUUAUCAAGAUCAACCAGGCCUAUAAAGCCUUGACAGACGAAGUAACUAAGAGAAACUUUGAAUUGUACGGCCAUCCUGAUGGACGUCAAGAAGCCACUCACGGCAUUGCUUUACCUAAGUUCCUUGUGGAAGGCAAGUACUCGCCUAUUAUGGUAGUGAUAUACUUCCUUGUUAUCGGAGUUUUGUUACCAUACCUCGUUGGUCUCUGGUGGAGCAACGUUAAGUCGCACACUAAGGAAGGAAUUCAUGUGGACACGGCCGCGUACUUUGCGCGUAGAUUAGUAGACAGAAACCCUGCCAAUGUCGUCACUCCAGAAACUAUCUUGAAUUGGGUGUUACACAGUAGCGAAAUCACUACCGGAUUUAGCCAUUUGUCGUUUGACGAAAUUAAGGACUUGAUCAAUAAGCACUUGCACCGUGACUUUCUGCUCGUUAAAACGAAUCCAGCUUUGGAAGCUGAAAAGGUUAGAAUCGUUGCCUUACUUCCACGUUUGAUUAAUGGGUUUCUCACUAUAGCCGUAGUUUUCAGACAGACUGAUACGAUUUUCGCUGCCAACGACUUGCAGAAGGCUGUACUUCAGGCUGUGCCAUUUACAGGGAGACACCAGGAACUUUUGCAGUUGCCUUUUGUCGACGCUGAAACUGUCAAGAGCCAGAAGAUCACCAAGGUCGGUAAGUUGUUCACUUUGUCGCAAGACGAAGUUAAGAAAGUGUUGGGUAUUCAAGACGAUUCUAAGUUGAAACAAGCUCUCAAUGUUGCUGCCCAUAUUCCUGUGCUCCGUUUGAUAGAGUCGGAGUUCAAGGUUCCCGGAGAAGAAGUCGUUACUCCUCUGUCGAAGGCACACGUUUCCUUGAAGUUUUUGGUGAAGUCGCCAGCUCUCAAGUCAAUUCCUGAGUACAACAAGGACAGAUUGGUGGAUGAAGAAACCAUGGAAUACAUGAAAGAUCCUACUAUUAACAACAACACCCAACCAGCACUUCCGUUCUCGUAUGCUCCAUACUUUCCUUAUGCCAUUCGUAACUCUUACUCUGUCUACUUGAUCUUACAAAAGGAUAACAAGUUGGUAGACGGAACUACCGAGUACAAGAUAGAAAAUGUUGAUUUGAGCAAUUUGGAGUUGUCGCCUGAAAAGUGGAAGGCUGGUAAGGACGAAGACAUAGCUAUUGGUACUCUCAACGUCGCUUUGAACUCGCCUACCCCACCCAAUGCUGGUACGUACUACUUCAGACUUGUUAUCAAGAAUAAUGCCUACUACGGAGCAGAUGUGGACGUGCCUCUCUUCAUGGAUGUUGAAGUUCCACCUGCAAAAACACCUCCAAAGUUCAACAAGGAAGACAAGGAAGAAGAGAGUGACAGCGAAAGUGACAUCUCUGACCCUGAGGAAGAUUCUCUUGCCGGAGCUUUGGCUGCCUUGAGAGGAGACGCUCCAAAGGCCAAGAAGAUUGAAGAGGUAGAUGACGAAAGUGACAACGAAAGUGUCUUUUCCGACAUAAAUACAGACACCGAAGACGAAGCCGAGUAAUAGAGGCACAGUCUGUUGUAACAUAGUGGUCGCAGUCUCUGUGACAUAUACAACUAUAUAAAAUUAAAUUAUACAACGAAAAGG